AUGGGUGAGAAUGUGUAUGGAAGGAGAAGGGAAAAGAUGUGGACUAAGUUAAAGCAAACAGAGGUGGAUUGUGAGUUGCUAAAGAGGUGCUGUGAGAAACUAACAGAAGACAACAGGAGGUUGCAGAAGGAAGUGCAAGAGCUCAGAGCACUCAAGCUUUCACCACAGCUCUACAUGCAAAUGAGCCCUCCCACAACCCUCACCAUGUGCCCUUCAUGCGAGCGUGUGGCCGUCUCAUCCUCGUCAUCUGCCGCUGCUUCUUCCACAGCUCCUGCAAAUGGCCAAACCUGCCAAAGUGGUGUCCCGAACGUCCAGCGGCCUAUUCCUAUCAGCCCAUGGGCUACAUUGCCGAUCCAACGCCGACCACUUGAUGCAUCCGCACCCAAGUCGUAA